GGCUGGGAGAAGAGAAGCCCCCUAUCAGGCAGGCCCUCCACGCGGCCCCGCACUUACUCGGCCCGCAGCGCUGAGGCAAGACUAUCGGUCCUCACGCCCUCACGCCCCGCCACGAGACUGAGCCAUGCGCGGGUGUACAGUGUUGGGCCUGUGUGUGCUGGCCCUGGCCCUGGGUGUGGCUGCCGCCGCUGUUCCGCCCCUGGGGAUCGCAAAACAUGCUGAACAGGCAGAGGCUCCGUCCGAAAUCGAGGAGGAACUAAGCUACGAUGAGGAGGAGUAUGAGGAGGACGACGCGGACUACUAUGAGGAAGCGAAGGACCUGGACGCAGACCUACGCACAGACGGAGAGACAGACCUAUCCACUGAACCUCCAACGACGACGGUCACUACCCCAACGACGACCCCAACGACUACUACAACCCCAACGACUACCACAACCCCAACGACUACCACAACCCCAACGACUACCACAACAACGACCAAAAUUACUACUGAGCCAGUGCCGCCCCCAGUCUCCACGGCCACGCCCCCCGUCCAUUACGAGCUGGAGGUGGGGGAGCUGGGCACGGCUAAGGGGGUCGUUCUCAAGUCGUUCAAGCAGAGGGAUUUCUACGGCUUCAUGAGUCUCCCCUUCGCCAAGCCGCCCGAGGGGGAACUGAGAUUCAAGUACCCGGCGCCAUGGGAAGGACCGUGGGAGAACAACUACUACGACGCCAGUUACCUGAGGGCUCGCUGUGCUCAAGGCUCCCUCGUCUUCACCGGGAUCAUCAGCGGCAGGGAGGACUGUCUGCACCUCUCUGUCUACACGCCUCUGCUGCCUGAACACCUGGGCGAGGAUCAGCAGAAGGGCCUCCCGGUGAUGGUGUUCAUCCACGGCGGCGCCUACAUGUCCGGCGACUCCUACCUCUACGUGCCCACCAAGCUCAUGGACCGCGACGUGUUGGUGGUCACCGUGCAGUACCGCCUGGGCCUCUUCGGAUUCUUGGCGGGCGGAAUUGUGGAUGCACCGGGGAACAUGGGCUUGAUGGACCAGGUGGAGGCGCUGCGAUGGGUCCAGAAGCACAUUCAUCACUUCGGCGGCAACCCUGACUUGGUAACAGUGUUCGGCCAGAGCGCGGGUGGUGCCAGUUCCUCCUGGAUGCACCUCACGCCUCUCACACAAGCGUCAGCCGAGCCGAACAACAACCGGCAGCUGCUGCACCGCGUCAUCCCUCAGAGCGGCUCGGCGCUGGAGGAAUGGACGCUCGAUAACACCCCAGAGACGUCUUUCCUCAACACGGCCUCCGUCAUGAUGUGCAACAACACCAGCUUCACCAAAGAGGACAUGGUGGCGUGCAUGAGGGAAGCGACCUACGUGGAGGUGGCCAAGGCAGGGAUAAAGAUCUACGCCGACGACAGGCAUGCGGGGGGCCUCGGCUUCAGGGGUCUGUGUCCGGUGGUUCAGGAAGGCAUGGAGGACCUAGACAUCGAGCUGGUCAUCCCCAAGCAGCCGCGGGAUAUCCUGGACAACGCGGAGUUCGCCAAGAUUCCUGUUAUGUUCGGGAGCCUGAGGGAUGAAGGCUCUCUGAUUAUGGGCCUGACCUACAAGGACUACAUGCUUCCCAACGGCCACAACGAAAGCGACUACGACUUUAUGCGGUACGAAGCUCUGCCGCUACUUCUGGAGGCUUUUGGCAUCGAUGACAAGACUGCCUCCGUGUCCAGAUCCAUGCAGAUGACCUACCUCCCCGACGCUGAGAUGGGCGACUGGGACUCCAUGAUAGGCGGCAUGAUCGACCUGAGCGGCGUCAUGUUCCUCAAGUCGGGCCUGUGGGAGCUGACCCGCCGCGCCUCCCUGGCUGCCCCGGAAUACCCAUUCUACUUCUACUCGUGGGAAUAUGAGGCGGACGACUCUCUUUUUGACUGGAUCUUCAUGUCGGUGCCGGACAUACCAAUGCCCGGAGGUGUGAGCCACGCGGACGAGCUCCUCUACCUCUUCCAUCUUCCCAGCGACCAUGACGACCGCCAAAAGAUCAUGGUGGACCGCAUGACCAAGAUAUGGACAAACUUUGCCAUUCACGGCAACCCGACACCCGACGAGGCGAUGGAUGAGCUGGAAGGCGGCGUGGAGAAGUGGCUGCCCUACGACCCGGAAAUGCCUUACUUCAUGCUGGUGCAGGACAACUUCACGAUGGCUGUUGACUACUCUACACGUUGGAACUACCACCUCAACUCAACCACGGACACGUCCACCACCACUAUGAUGCCGGACAUGGUCAGCCGCGAUGCCUACGAAGAGAUGAAGGAGUCCAGGACGGAUUACCAAAUAGCGACCGGCCUCCUCGGGAUCCUCCUCGGCUGUGCUCUCAUCCUCUUCGUCAUCAUAUAUGUCAGGAAGCGAAGGAAAACGAACGCCAUUGUCUAGGCUACGAGGGACUGGAGUCGAGUGCGUGGAUAAGGCUCGGGCGUGACGGACUCAUAGCGCCGUAUUUUUUAACUUUUCGGUCCCAAGCACACAUAUUUGACAAGGAUUUCGUACGCGUUUUGGGCAUUUUCCUGGGUAGUUCAAUAAACCUGGUGGUAGUCUGACCCUUCGUCUGUACCAUGAAGGUGAAGAAACGCUCAUGAAAACCCGAUAACUCUCCUUCUCGGCCUCUGUACGUAGCUGAUGUGAGAAACUGAAGCAUCUAAAAUUACUGACCAUAUUCGCAAACAUUCCGGGGCUCACUCACCCAUAUUUGAUAAGACUUUCGUAGAGGUUGUUGUGUUAGUACUUCCAUGGGUUGUUUUAUGAGCCUCGUAAUAGCUUGAUAAGGGUUCUGCGUCAUGUAUGUGAAAAAGCGUCAGAGAAUGCGGGCCUUUAAAGCCGAUUUCACAGUCCAGCACAGUGUCUUCGUAACAGCCCGAACCAAAUUAUAGAAUCCCAUACAAUCCAAAACGGUGAGGUCUUCGAUGCCACACUAAGUACACAAGACUUUUCCUGUAUAGUUUCAUCAAAUUUGUGAACUUAAAUAUAAACACCAGACACUAUACGAGGAAAUUUUCAAGGCUCUGGUAUUGGUUUGGGAGCUUACUAACCCAUCAUGGGGAACUGUGAAACUCUGGCCCUUAGUCACUCGGGGACGUAUUCCCGAAGUCUCCGGGGGUAUGUGGUCCCUGAGUGAAGACGCUCGGCUGUAACUUCGAAACUAACCACGGAACGUUCUGAAAAAUACUCUCAAAGUGAUUUCCACUCAAAAUUAUCUUACGUAACUCCAAAUCUUACCUAACCAAACCUAACCUAUCCUGUUCUGUUCAAGAAUAAGCGGCAUAUACCCGUACAGACUUCGGGAAUAUGCCACUCGGGGUUAUUGAGGCUUCACUAACAGGGGUGCGAGCCUCAGCCUAUCCCCGCAGAUUCCCCCGCAUGUAAGAGUGUUAGAAGAGGCACGCGAUAUUUAAAAACCUAUAUGUGAUUUGUCAUGUAGUCUGUAAGCAAUCAUCCAAUUUCCCUAUUGCACAUUAUUUAUACGAAAAAUACCUAAUCUCUCUCUCUCUCUCUCUCUCUCUCUCUCUCUCUCUCUCUCUCUCUCUCUCUCUCUCUCUCUCUCUCUCUCUCUCUCUCUCUCUCUCUCUCUCUCUCU